AUGUUGCUGCCGCUGCUGCGGAGUAGCUGCUUCCCUUCCUCGGCUCCUGGCGGCGGCGGCGGCGGCGGAGGAGGAGGGGACGGGGGCUCGGGGAACCGGCCGGCGGCGCAGCUUCAGCGCGGAGCCCACGGGCCGCCGGAGCCGCUCGAGCGGGCGGACGCCGAGCCCGGGGCCGAGGCUGCGCGCCCGGCGGAGGCCGAGGGGGCGCCGGGGCCCGGGGCGCGCGGCCGGGGGGCGGGCGGCGGCGGGCGGCGGGCCGAGCGGGAGCCGUAUGCGUGCAUGGAUCCGGGCGCCGCGCUGCAGAGGCGGGCCGGGGCUGGCGGCCUGAGCGCGGGCUCGCCGGCGCUGUCGAGCGGCCAGGGCCGCCGGAGGAAGCAGCCCCCCAGGCCGGCCGACUUCAAGCUGCAGGUCAUCAUCAUCGGCUCCCGCGGCGUGGGCAAGACCAGCCUGAUGGAGCGCUUCACGGACGACACCUUCUGCGAGGCCUGCAAGUCCACCGUGGGUGUUGACUUUAAGAUUAAAACUGUAGAGCUAAGAGGAAAGAAAAUUAGAUUACAGAUCUGGGACACAGCUGGUCAGGAGAGAUUCAACAGCAUUACCUCAGCUUAUUACAGAAGUGCAAAGGGGAUCAUAUUAGUGUAUGAUAUCACUAAGAAGGAGACAUUUGAUGAUUUGCCAAAAUGGAUGAAGAUGAUUGAUAAGUACGCUUCAGAAGAUGCAGAACUGCUCUUAGUUGGAAAUAAGCUGGACUGUGAAGCAGACAGAGAAAUCACCAGGCAGCAAGGCGAAAAGUUUGCACAGCAGAUAACUGGGAUGCGGUUCUGUGAAGCAAGUGCCAAGGAUAACUUCAAUGUGGAUGAGAUAUUUCUGAAACUCGUUGAUGACAUUUUGAAAAAGAUGCCUCUGGACAUCUUAAGGAACGAGUUGUCCAAUAGUAUCCUCUCGUUACAACCAGAGCCUGAGAUACCGCCAGAACUGCCUCCGCCAAGACCACAUGUCCGAUGCUGUUGAUUUGCUACUUUGGAGACACAGUGGAAACAGUUCUUGGAGAGGGGGAAAUGCGCUCUAUUCUGCACUACAAUCAUUUUGACAGUUUCCUUUCGCACUUUGUAAUCCAAGUCAGAGCUAUACACUAACUUGUAAAUAUGCAAAUAUGCAAUCCUGGGUAAGUUUUGGUUAUAAGUUACAUACUUGCCUCCAAAUUAUUAUAUUUCAUUUAUUACCCCAGUGUCUAGUGUCCGUGCACUGGGGACCUAGUACUUCAAAUAUGAAGAACGGGAGAAAUGAAAGGUAUAGUGUUUUCUUGAAAUAAAUAAUAUAAUUGUCCUUGUUAAUUAUAUUAUGAGGACAGAAGAUACCCUGAUAAGAAGAGAGAAUGUGGUGCUUUGCUUACUGUUCUAAAGAAAAUUUGUAAAGCUAAAGACUUUUUGGGAAAAAAGCUAUCUUAAGUGUUUUUUCUUUAUUUACAAGACAUUUCCCCCAGCUGUAGCAUCUUUGAAGUAUUGGAGUGUUUCUGCCACAAAGCAAAGCUCCACUCGUGAUUAUCCUUGAAGGGUAUUUAUUACUGUAAUGGUAGAAUGUUACUUGUUAGAGGGCUGGAUUUGACUUGGUCCUAAGGCCAUGGAAUCUCUGUCAUGGUUUCCUAAGGGACAUACCCUUAUCCUUUUAAGAACUACAAAGAUUUAAUAAAGAAAGAAAUGUUUUUGAAGCUAUAGAAAAAGAUUUUAAAACAACGCUGCUGUCCUAAACAAAUCCUGUUUAAAGGAAUUUUAAAGAGAUACAUUUUACUAUAUCAAAGAACAUAUGUGUAUUUGCCUAAACAUUCUGUUCCUUUGUAAUGAGAAAACUUCUCCCCUUUAUGGUGAAGCUUACUCCAGUUAAGACUAGACUGUGUUCAAAAA